CUUUCCAAAUAUUGCUUUAUUUCACGGUUUAUUUCCCAAUAAACAAACCAGACACAGUUCCACUGACAUAACUGAAAUUCAAUGAAUAACCGGCGAUUCAUUCGUCAGCCUGAUGUAUCUCUUCCGUAUAUCUGCCGUAACGAUAUCCCGUAUUGUGUCUGAAGUGUGCAAAGCCAUUUACGAGGCACUCAAGGAGGAAUUCCUGAAGUUUCCUUCCGACUCCGAUGAUUGGUUACAACUUGCUUCCGAAUUCUUUGAAAGGUGGAACUUCCCCCAAUGCAUCGGUGCCAUAGACGGAAAGCAUAUUACCAUGCAAGCUCCAGCAGCGUCUGGGAGUUUUUAUUUUAAUUACAAAGGCUUCCACAGUAUUGUGCUGAUGGCAUUGGUUGAUGCGAAAUACCGCUUUACGUUUGUCGACGUCGGAUGUAAUGGAAGGGUUGCUGACGGGGGCAUAUUCGGCAGGUGUUCAUUAUCUUCGGGUCUUGAGAACAAGACCCUUUGCCUACCAUCACCAAGGGUACUUCCAGGUCGAAAUAUGAAGGUACCAUUUGUAUUUGUGGCCGACGAUGCUUUUCCAUUGCGGGAAAACAUAAUGAAACCAUAUCCUCUGCGAGACAUUCCCGGUAGCAUGCGCAUCUUCAACUACCGACUUUCGAGAGCGCGUAGAAUCGUCGAAAAUGCAUUCGGCAUAAUGUCCAGCGUCUUCCGCAUAUUUCGAAAGCCGAUAGCUGUAGAUGCACAGAAAGCAGAGGAUAUCGUUUUGGCUUCCUGUGCAUUACAUAAUUUGAUGAUCACGAAGAAAGACUCGCGCGCACGCUACGCUCCACAUGGUACAGUCGAUAUGGAAGACAUGGCUACUGGUGUCAUUACCCCUGGAGCAUGGCGAAAAGAGGGCAUGCCAGCAAACAACCUGCUCCAAAUCGAGCCAUUCACAAGCAACCGUCAUGCUCAAACCCCACAAGACAUCCGCCACGAAUGUCGAGAGUACUUCCUCUCACCCCAGGGUGAGGUUUCGUGGCAGUACAAGUUCAUUUGAGGAAGCCGUCC